GAUUUUUAUGAAUCCGCCUUUUCCGAAUAGAUUUGCAAGAUUCGUCCGAUCUGUGGAAAACCAUGAUGAAUCGGAAAAGCCCAACUUGAUAAUUGUAUUUCUAAUGUGUGCACUAUUUAUAUACGGAGUUCUGAGUAUUAUUUUUGUCACUAUUUGUUUUUUACGCCGUAUCUACAGAUCCAGUGCGACUAAGAACGGAAAUAGGAGAUAUUUGGUUCAGAAUACCUACGUUAAAGCUCAACUUGAUACAAAUUCUUCAAGCUCACUUCCAGUAGACAAAGAAAUAAUCGAAACAAUAUCAAUCAAUGAGGAAACGCCUAUAAUAACUGAUUAUCAACCUUUGAAUGAAAGAGCCGAGUACCUUCCAUAUAAUCCUGCUUUUGAGAUUCACUCUGAACAUCUUGAUGUUUUCGAAAAACAGUUUGGGCAAGGAAACUUUGGAAAAGUUAAUAAAGCAUUGCUCAAACUUAUAAAUCAGAAAACAGGGGAAGUAGUUCGGAUGGAUGUAGCAGUGAAAAAACCAGCUGAUUCCACGGAUAAAUCUCAAGAUAAAUUAAUUCUUGAUGAGAUAAAAUUGAUGUGUGCAAUCGGAAAACACCCGAACGUUCUGGCUAUUGUUGGAGCAAUCACCAAACAGGAGAAAGUGAUAGGAAGAGAGCACAACCUUGUAGUCACCGAGUUUGUUGAAGGUGGAGAUCUCAGGAGUGUUUUGAAAUACACACCAUAUACGUUUCACGAUGAGCUUACAUCUACUGAUCGAACUGGCGGACAAAUGGUGAACUCUGAUAUUUUUGACGAACUGUCCACAUCUGAUUUAUACUCUUUUGCGUAUCAAAUUGCAAAUGGAAUGGAAUAUUUGGCAGCGAAACCGUGUGUGCAUCGUGAUUUGGCGUUGCGGAAUGUUUUUGUAAAGAGAAACAAGAUGAUUCGAAUAGGAGACUUUGGGUUGGCCAGACAUCAUAGCAAAAAAUCUUAUUACAGAAUGCAAUGCAAUCCUGAUACACCAUUACCUAUUUUUUGGCUUGCACCUGAAUGUUUCAAUGAAUCAAAGUUCACUGAAAUGACUGAUGUUUGGUCUUAUGGUGUUUGUCUUUUUGAACUUUUUUCACUUGGAGAAUCACCUUAUAAAAAACUUCACAAUUCACCGUCUUACGAUGUGGUGCAUUAUUUGAAGAAAGGGUACAGACUCUCAGCCCCAAGAUAUUGCAAUGCAGAAAUAUACGAGUUCAUGUUGUAUUGCUGGAAUAUCGAUGCAACUCUUCGGCCUAAAUUUACUGAAUGCAAGGACUUUUGUAAAAGUUUAAUAACUCGGAAAAAGCUCAAAAAAAUCGAGUCUCGUCUGCAAAUGGAAGAGCAACUACAAAAUGAGCUAUCGCUUGCAUGAUAAAAUUGUUCAUUCAGAUCUAAUAUGUAAAAUUCGUACAAAAAAUCCGUUUAUUAAUGUUUUUAAUCAGCGAUCAGCUCAGCCAAUUGAAAACCAAUCAACAUUCUAAUUGCGGGCAGAGCUCAUUUCUGAUUCGUCUGGAAAAAAUUAAAAAGAUCUCAUUUUCAAAAAUUGCAUUUUUUCCACUUUCUCAACAUUUCUUUUUCCCACUCUGGUUUCUAUUGUGCAUUUGUAUCAAAUUCUCAAUUGACCCUGUUUUUAUUUUAACAAAUUAGCUGAAACUGGAAAAUAAGACAUUU